CAAAAGAGGGGAGUAGGACAGAGCCUCUAGCCAAGACUUUACUUUGAAGAAAAUUUUAAACAGCAAGUGUUAAAGGUCUUACAGUCAGAGCUGUGCACAGGAUGGUGGCUUACGCAGCAACACCAGGGGAUGUGGAGAUGGCUCUUGAGGAGAGGACGGUAGUUUUGGUGGAGAAGAAAUCAUCUACAGAGCGGAUAUGGAAGUUAUCCGUGGCCUUUCUUAUUUUGGCCCUUUGUAUUGGGGGCACCCUGCUGUUUGCUUGGUAUUGGAGUGGAAGGCCUGAAAUCACGAUGCAAUCAGGCAAGAAUGAGGCACAAACCAAGACGGACACAUCUGAGAAAACAGAUCACCACGACUCCCUGAGGAGAAUCGGCAGCAAAGCAAAGGCAGCCAUUCACUUAGAGGGUAGCUAUGACGAAGACGGAGAGUCGAACCAGCUCGAGUGGAGGAACGGUCAAGGCCAAGCGUUCGCUCAAGGUGGCUUCAAGCUUGAAAACAACAAGAUCGUUAUCCCACAGAGUGGCCUCUUCUUCGUGUACAGCCAGGCGUCGUUCAGAGUCUCCUGCAGUGAUGGCGAUGAGGAGCGCAUGGGGGGAGUAGGCCCCACGCCUCUCAGCCACAGGAUCUGGCGCUACUCGGACUCCAUCGGCAGCAAAGUGUCUCUGAUGAGCGCGGUGAGGUCGGCGUGUCAAAGCACAACUCAGGAGGAUGAGUACAGCUCGGGACAGGGCUGGUACAACGCCGUUUAUCUGGGCGCCGUGUUUCAGCUCAACAAAGGAGACAGACUGUGGACGGAAACCAACCAGCUGUCAGAGCUGGAGACCGAUGAGGGGAAGACAUUUUUUGGAGUGUUUGCACUUUGAAAAAUUCUCUGCACAGUGCCAUGAACUUAGGCUUUUUUAAAUUUUAUUUUUUUAGGAUUUUUUUUAUUUUAUUUCUAUUCAUCCUCAUGGUGAUGAAGAAAGUCAAAUCUCAAUGGAGAUAACACUGAUUUUUAAAAAGUCCUAUAAACUGUAACAGUUUGCACCUUUAUUUCCAUUUUAGGCACUUUUUUUUGUACAUUAUUUAUGCUGACCUGAGAUUGUAAGAAGUUGGACUUUACUCUGCUAUAACAGAUGACGACACAUCUCUUCACAAGAGAGCUUAUUAUAGGUACUAGGGUUAUAUAUAGAAUGGCUAUCAUGUACUUUUGCAACAUGUAUGUAUUUAUUUGUAUUUAUUUAUAUUUAAAUUGAUGGGUUUGGGUGUUUAAUUUUGUAUUUAUAUAUGUUUAU